AUGGAAGCAGCUGGAGCAUUGGCAAGUUUGGCGCCGUCACCCAUUACCGUGCUGGGUCUAAUACCACUCCUAGCUCUGGGGAUUACGUAUUUCAGAUAUCAGCAAUUCGACCCAGAGUCUUACAUAACAGAUGUAAACGCUAUCUUGCCGAUCUACGAUUUUGUAAUAGUCGGCGGGGGUUCUGCCGGCGCCGUAGUGGCAUCACGUCUAUCAGAGAUCGGCAACUGGACAGUGCUACUCUUAGAAGCUGGUCAAGAUGAGAACGAAAUCUCCGACAUACCAGCCUUAGCUGGCUACACACAGAUGUCCGAAAUGGAUUGGAAAUUUCAAACAACACCUUCCCAUAACCGUUCAUAUUGCUUAGCGAUGAACGGCGAUCGGUGUAAUUGGCCACGUGGAAAAGUCUUAGGCGGAUGCAGCGUCCUUAACGCCAUGGUUUACGUCCGCGGCAAUAGAAACGACUAUGAUCUAUGGGAGGCGCUAGGUAAUCCAGGAUGGUCAUACGAUCAAGUCUUACCGUAUUUUGUCAAAUCAGAGGAUAACCGAAAUCCGUACUUGGCAAACAAUCCAUAUCACGGAACAGGUGGAUACCUAACGGUACAGGAAGCUCCGUGGCGAACACCGCUAUCAGUAACGUUUUUAAAAGGUGGCAUGGAACUGGGUUACGAAUUUCGCGAUAUUAACGGCGCAAAACAAACUGGUUUCAUGUUGACCCAAGCGACUAUGCGCCGUGGAAGUAGAUGCAGCACAGCCAAAGCUUUUAUUAGACCGGUUCGUCAUCGGGAGAAUUUGCAUGUCGCUUUGGGCUCCCACGUUAGUAGAAUAUUGAUAAAUCCGGUCAAGAAACAAGCAUAUGGUGUGGAGUUUUACCGUAACGGAGAACGCCAUAAAGUGAGAAUAAAGCGCGAAGUUAUAAUGUCGGCGGGGGCACUUGCGAGUCCCCAAAUUCUAAUGUUAAGCGGAAUCGGACCAGCGGAACAUCUGAAAGAACACAAUAUACCAUUGAUUGCUAAUUUAAAGGUCGGCCAUAACUUACAAGACCACGUUGGACUGGGUGGCUUAACGUUCGUUGUAAAUAAACCGGUUACAUUUAAGAAGGACCGAUUUCAAUCGUUCUCUGUCGCAAUGGACUACAUUCUACACGAAAAGGGCCCGCUAACAACGCAAGGUGUAGAAGGAUUGGCGUUUGUUAAUACCAAAUACGCCCCGACAUCAGGUAAUUGGCCCGAUAUACAAUUUCACUUUGCACCUAGUUCAGUGAACUCAGACGGUGGGGAACAAAUCCGUAAAAUUCUCAAUUUACGAGAUAGAGUAUAUAAUACGGUGUACAAGCCGAUCGAAAGUGCUGAAACGUGGACGAUACUGCCGCUACUGUUGCGUCCAAAAAGCUCCGGGUGGGUGAAAUUAAAAAGUCGAAAUCCAUUUCAGCCACCGUCUAUAGAGCCAAAUUACUUUGCAUAUAAGGAAGACAUAGAAGUGUUAACUGAGGGGAUAAAGAUAGCGUUUGCCCUAUCCAACACGACGGCGUUUCAGCGGUACGGCUCGCGUCCACAUACAAUUCCCCUUCCUGGCUGUCAACAGCAUCCCCUGUUUAGUGACGAAUAUUGGGAGUGUAGUUUGAAACAUUUCACUUUUACAAUAUACCACCCAACUAGCACUUGUAAAAUGGGUCCAAAAUAUGAUCAGAGUGCUGUCGUUGAUGAGAGGUUGCGUGUGCACGGUGUUGCCAAUCUAAGAGUGGUAGAUGCUAGUAUCAUGCCUACAAUUAUAAGUGGUAAUCCAAACGCUCCCGUGAUUAUGAUCGCUGAGAAAGCCUCAGAUAUGAUCAAAGAAGACUGGCUUGUGUUAUGA